UCUAAUGUGUCCUUUCUUUCUCUUCACGUAACCUCACAUCUAUCUCUAUAUAAACGCAUAGCAACACAAAUCAAUCAUACACAAAAGAGAGAAAAAUGUGGAAAGUGAGCUGGCUUCUUAACUUUCUAAUUACCGACGCCAACGAGCAAGAAAGCAUGGAGAACUUUAACAAAAACGGUGUCAUAGAAGCCCCAGAAAGUGGGUUUAAGAUGCCGUUGCAUUACCCAAAGUACACAAAGGAUGAUUACGAGAAGAUGGAAGAGUGGAGACUGGAUCUGCUUCUCUCAGACUACGGACUUCUUGUCUUCCAUGACACUACUCUCCACGAGAAACGAGCUAUUGCGAUCGAAACUUUUCUAUGGCCUCAUGCCUACUAAAGGGUCGGAGAAUGUUGAGAUGCGAACGGUGGGAAAGAGUUGAACUACAAACCGAGGUAUCCAUCUACAGAAAAUAUCACUAGAAGACUUUGCGGUAUCUUAAGUGAUACUAUUGUCUCAUAUUCUAUAGUUUUCAUCAUAUAUCUAUUUAUGUUUAAUACAGUGUAUAAGUUGAUUUUGUAUGAAUCUUCAACUCAAUAAAGUAUUUGGUGUUUGUGUAAUACUAAGAA